AAUUAUAUUAUUUGCGCAACCACACUGGCUGCGCCAAACAGUCUAACUGACACGUGAACGCAUCAGUGGCGUUGGCCCGAGACGCAUGAUACGAGUCCAAUGUUUAAUAAUUGUUGUUGGAAAAUAAUACAUAAAACUCUGCAGACGAUUAAAUAACUCCUUAUGUAGAUGUGCGACAUCAAAACAUUAACAGUGAAAAAUACAAGUGUAGUGUUAAAAGGGUUUCGUUUGUUUAUCUGACCGGUAGAUUACGAGUAAAUCACAAUGCCUCCAUACACAUCAGACGCCAAUGGCGUGCUCUUUGAAAGUGAUGCAGCAACACCAGAUUUGGCUCUCUCUUCAACUCCAGUGCAGCAAGCUGACAAUCGCCCUAAACAGUUAGUGUGGAGAAACAUUAUACUUUUUGCAUAUCUUCACAUUGCGGCAUUGUAUGGCGGAUACCUCUUCUUAGUCCAUGCAAAAUGGCAAACAGAUAUUUUUGCUUAUUUGCUUUAUGUUAUGUCGGGACUUGGCAUAACGGCGGGGGCUCAUCGACUGUGGGCGCACAAAUCAUAUAAAGCGAAAUGGCCGUUACGACUUAUUUUGGUCGUAUUCAACACUAUGGCAUUUCAGGAUUCCGCAAUAGAUUGGGCACGUGACCAUCGCAUGCACCAUAAAUACUCGGAGACUGAUGCGGAUCCACACAACGCGACCCGAGGAUUUUUCUUUUCGCAUAUCGGCUGGCUUCUUGUCAGAAAACAUCCCGAGCUGAAGAGGAAAGGCAAGGGGUUGGACCUAAGUGACUUGUAUGCUGAUCCCAUACUCAGAUUCCAAAAAAAGUAUUAUCUGAUACUGAUGCCUAUCACCUGCUUCGUCAUGCCCACGGUGAUUCCAGUGUAUUUGUGGGGCGAGUCUUGGGUUAACGCAUUCUUUGUGGCGGCGUUGUUCCGCUACGCGUUCAUCUUGAACGUGACCUGGCUGGUGAACUCGGCAGCGCACAAGUGGGGCGACAAACCUUACGACAAGAGUAUCAAGCCAUCCGAAAAUAUCUCAGUUUCGAUGUUCGCUCUCGGGGAAGGAUUCCACAACUAUCAUCACACGUUCCCGUGGGACUACAAAACUGCCGAACUCGGAAACAACAGGCUCAAUUUCACCACAAAUUUCAUUAAUUUCUUCGCGAAAAUCGGCUGGGCUUACGAUCUGAAGACGGUUUCGGAUGAGAUCAUACAACAGAGAGUGCAGCGAACAGGAGACGGCUCGCACCACUUGUGGGGCUGGGGCGACAAAGACCACGACAAAGAGGAAGUCAAUGCGGCUAUUCGUAUUAAUCCGAAAGAUGACUAAGUUAUAUUGAUUUCUGCAAACUUUAAGGAAAUGAUACCUCACAGGCUUAUAAGCGACUAACACCUAAUCAAUGACACAUAUUAUGUAUAAGUCCGUAAUAUUAAAAAACUCGGAAUAAUAAUCUCUUCACAUAGCUGUUUCCGAAAUUCAAUAAUUCCAAAAGUGAUUAUACAAAAUUUAUUUGGUUUAUGAAAAGCUAUGGAUAAAAUAAGGUGGUUAACACUAUAUACGCACAGUAUCUUGUGCUCAUUAAAACGAAUUAGUCUUUUAUCUAUGAAAUGAUGGUGACUUUGCUAUGCCUAAAAUCUUUAAAGAGUCGCUAAAAUAUUUAUUUGCCAUUAUAACUGAUUACGGCAAAGACUACGUUUGAAUUUACAAGGCUUGAUAUUAAGUAUUUAUGUGUAUCAAGUUGCUGUUAAUUUUUCUAAUUUGUAAUAUCUGGUGCACUUACCAAUAAACAAAGUUAUGAAUAUA